AUGGCUUUGAUGCGCUGUAUGAACACGGCCACAUUCGAUCUCUGUACCAGUACACAAAACGACUUCAAAGAGCGAGGCUACGCAAUCCUGUCUCAUCGAUGGGGAUCCGAUGAGAUUCUCUUUGCCCAGAUAGGGCAAUUUGCUCAGGAUCUGAGGAACACCAAAGGUCGUCACGCCCGACCACAGCUUGACAAGAUCCUGCAAGCUUGCCACACUGCGCGAGAGCAGGGUCUGCAAUGGAUGUGGAUCGAUAAUUGUUGUAUCAACAAGUCCGACAACAGUGAGCUAUCUGAAUCAAUCAAUUCAAUGUUCAAGUGGUACAGAGAAGCUGUGGUAUGUCUGACAUAUCUCUCUGACGUGCGCAAGUGCUCGGGCAGUGAAGUCGACUCGCAUGUGUUUAGAAGCUUUGAGACUGGCGAGAUGACGAAGUGGUUCACACGUGGAUGGACAUUGCAAGAGCUUCUCGCACCUGGAAAGUUAUUCUUCUACGAUGCAGACUGGAGCUAUCUCGGAUCUAAGCAGGAGCUGGCUGGAUCAAUUGAGAAAGUCACUGGUAUUGCGGCGCAGUAUCUCACAGGCGAAACGGAUUUUCGCAGCGCUUGCAUUGCGGCCAAGAUGAGCUGGGCUGCUGAUCGCGAAACGACAAAGGAAGAGGACAUGGCGUACAGCCUCUUUGGGAUCUUCAAUCUUCACUUGCCUGUCCAGUACGGAGAAGGGAAAGCAGCCUUUUUAAGGCUCCAAGAUGCUCUGAUAGCUAAGAAUGACGAGUCGCUCUUUGCGUGGAAAAUGCCUCUUGAAGGACCAGGGUCCUCCUAUCAAAUUGUACCCGACAACAUGGUCGACCUUGGGCCAGAUGAAUGGGGCCUUCUGGCCCCGUCAGUGAAAUGGUACAAACAUUGUGGAAAGAUGACGAUUCAGCACAAGAAGACAGUAAUGAGGCAACGAGGCGGGUCCAGCAGAACGCCACAAGGAAUCAGUGGUCCGAUUUCCAAGAAGAAUCAUUAUGUCACAGCAGUAUUGACUGGGCUGACUGUUGUGGGAGCGAUUCCCUUCCAGAUCUGGCUGGCUGUGAGAAACAGGACAACACUCAAAUACACGCUCAAUUGCUGGGAGCCAAACGAGGCUGGAGCGAUGAGAGCAGUGCGGCUACAUCUAAGGCCUGUGAGGAGAGAUCCCCCAAUGUAG